UUGCCACUACGGUUGAGUAGUCCGUCGGCGGAGAGGCUCGCACUGUAAUACAGACGCGCGCGCGCGCCAGGGAUUGUGUGUUUAUCUGGCCGCGAGGGGCGGGGCCGGGAUCGGGACGGCAGCUCAACACUCCCAACCCUCAGCUGUCGCCGCUGGAGGACCAGCCCUGAGGAGCCAAGUGAGGCCCAGCGAAGUAGGGGCGCCGCAAGGAAAGAGUCGGAGGAACCUGCUGCUGAAACUGAGGGCCGAGGGGACAGUCACUCGGCAACGGUUAACAGCUGAGGUACUGAUCGAGUUCUGCUCUUCUUCAAUGAGGAACUACAGGCUGAUCUUCUGCCAUAACCUCAAGCAACCAUAAAUGACAAAAGAAUGCUUGGUCAGUAAGGGUAGCUGGCGUAGAAAAUAUUUUGUAAACAUAGGUGUUUAAGUGCUCUGAGAAAGACAGCUGUGAUAUUGGGCUGCAUAAAGAUAUGAGGAAGAGCUCCUCCCCUUCCUUGAGUAACUGCAACUCUGUUCUCGCUAACAAAAUAUUUGGGAUUCCACUUGAUGAACUGCAGCAGGAAGGACAGCCAGGCAAUGAAGUUCCAUUCAUAGUUCGCCAUGUUGUGGACUAUAUUGAGGAACAUGGAGGUCUAGAGCAAGAGGGACUUUUCCAAGUCAAUGGGAAUGCAGAAACAGUUGAGUGGCUUCGGCAAAGAUAUGAUAAUGGGGAAGAUGUGGACCUGGUUAAAGAAGCAGAUGUACCUUCAGCUAUUAGUCUUCUUAGAUUUUUUCUUCAAGCACUUCCAGAACCAGUUAUUCCUGGUACUCUACAUAUGCAUUUGAUACAGCUUUCUCAAGAUUAUAAUGAAGAUGAAUUUGGAAGAAAGCUGAGGUUCCUCUUGCAGCAGCUUCCACCUCUUAAUUACAGUUUGUUGAAAUUUCUGUGUAGAUUUUUAGCUAAUGUAGCAUCACAUCAUGAAGAGACUUGGUCUGCAAGUUCUUUGGCUGCAGUUUUUGGUCCCGAUGUCUUUCACAUUUACACAGAUGUGGAGGAUUUGAAAGAGCAAGAACUAGUUAGCAGAGUUAUGGCGGGACUGUUAGAGAACUAUGAUGAGCUCUUUGAAAAUGAAGACGAGGAUUUCUCAUCUAAUGAUUUAAGUUCAAUAACUGAGCAGAUAAACGAUCUGUUGGAUGAAGAUGUAAAGCUUGACCAGCCAGAACUGCCAGAAGAAGAAGAAAAUAUGGAGGACCCAGAAUAUAGGCAAGAUAUCGAGCCCCAAGAUAUGAUGGAGAGCAUCUUGGAGUCAUGCAGUGUUGCAGCAUCAACAAGUGCUCAUUUCUCCCCCAUAAGCAUCUUGCCAGCCUCUGCAGACAUAUUGGAAAGAACAAUUAGAGCAGCUGUAGAACAACACCUCUUUGAUCUGCAGAGCAGCAUAGAUCAAGAUCUCAAGAAUUUACAGCACAGAAUGGUGUGUCACGAAGCAAAUACUGAGGGGGAUGAAGAAGGAUCUAACAACCAUAGGGGUAAUACUGAAAAGAAUGUUACUAAAGAUGGUGAGAAUUUUGGACACUGCUCCGAAACAGUGGAUUGCACUAGUUUAGACAAUGAAGUUAUACAGCCUGAUUCUGUAUCUGAGGAUGAAGACAAUAAUCAGGUAGCAGGCAUAUUGUUGAAGCCAUGUAAUGGAGGAAGAGAAGCUGAAGGGUCCCUUGGAGACAUGCACAAUUGCAUGUCAUUCGAUGAUGGCAACAAAAUGACUUCACCUGUGGUUCUGGGUUUUGAUAGCAACAUUUAUGAUCCAGAUGCCUAUACUGAAUCAGAGGAGUUGAAAAACAGAAAUAACAAUGCUCCAGAAGCAACACUGUGUGUCCCUGUGCCACACCUAGAUUUGAAGAAUGUGAAUGAUGGUGGCAAAUGGGAAGCGCCAUGCCCUAUCACUUUUCCCCUCAUUGAUUUCAAAACAAUGCAUCUACAGAGAGAAGGGGAGGAGCCAUUUCCUGCUUUUAAAUCUUGGCAGGAAGACAGUGAAUCUGGAGAAGCUCAGCUUUCUCCACAAGCUGGAAGAAUGAAUCAUCCUUUGGAAGAGGACAAUCAUCCAGUAUUGUCACAUCGGAGUUUGGAUUUUGGGCAAAGCCAGCGUUUUUUACAUGAUCCAGAAAAAAUAGAUUCAUCUAAAGCACUUUCAUUUGUUAGAACUCGACGAGCAUCAUUUAGUAGCUCUAAGGAUGACAGAAGAGAAGACAAGACUCCUUAUCAGCUAGUGAAAAAGUUGCAGAAAAAAAUCAGGCAAUUUGAGGAACAGUUUGAAAAAGAGAAGAACUUCAAACCCUCAUAUACUGAUAUUGCAGCAAAUCCAAAGGUUUUAAAGUGGAUGACAGAGCUUACCAAAUUGAAAAAGCAAAUAAAAGAUGCAAAGCAUAAGAGCUCAGAUGGAGAAUUCAUACCUCAGUCACGUCCACGAAGCAACACACUUCCAAAAAGCUUUGGUUCCUCUCUGGACCAUGAAGAUGAAGAAAAUGAAGAUGAUCUGCGAGUUGCUCAGAAAGAGAAGAAACCCACCAAGGAAGCCACAGUUGAGCUAAUUUUAAAAAGGCUGAAGGAAAAACGAAUUGAAAGGUGCCUACCAGAGGAUAUAAAAACAAUGACGAAAGACCAUCUGGCGGAAGAAAAAACUUCACUCCAAAAAAGCCUCCUGUACUAUGAAAGUCAGCAUGGGCGACCGGUUUCCAGAGAAGAAAGGCACGUUGUUAAACCUCUCUAUGACAGAUACAGGCUUGUGAAACAAAUGCUGACUCGAGCAAGCAUUACUCCCAUUCUUGGCUCACCAUCAACCAAGAGACGCAACCAAAUGUUACAACCUAUCAUAGAAGGAGAAACAGCCCACUUUUUUGAAGAAAUUAAGGAAGAGGAAGAAGAUGGUGAUCUGUCAUCAGAACUGACUGAUCUCUUGAAAUCUAGUGCCCAAAUACAGACAGCUAGCCCAGUUGAAAACUCAGAAUCUGAUGUUGAAGAAAGUCAAGAGAAAUUGACUCGAGAGCUUCGUCUGUCUAGUACCCGUGCAGCGUCCAUGCCUGAAUUAUUGGAGCAACUUUGGAAAGCCAGAGCUGAGAAAAAGAAAUUGCGCAAAACACUUCGGGAAUUUGAAGAGGCAUUUUAUCAGCAAAAUGGAAGAAAUGUUCAGAAAGAAGAUCGUGCUCCCAUGCUUGAUGAAUACAGAGAGUACAAGAAAGUUAAGGCCAAACUUCGGCUUCUUGAAGUUCUCAUCAGCAAACAAGAUUCUGCAAAGUCAAUAUAAGUUAUGUUUCUUCAUAACACUGAGCGGUUGUUUUCUUAUGCUGUCAUAGUACUUGUUAGGUGUUUGCUUUGUCUUGCGCAGUUGAAAUAAUGCUGUUUUUGUACACUUUAUUAUGGUGCCACAUUUGAAGGGCAAGUAGGUCCUGUCUAGAGAGCUAAUGAAAAUUUGUCCCAAUUUGAGACUGCUCUGUUCAACUUUAGCAAACAUUUUUUCUUCUUUUUUAUUAUUACAUGUUCCCAAAAGACUGUAGAACAAUAACUAUUCAAAAACUCUGGACCUGCUAUCUUCGUUUCGUCUGUAUUUCUUAGUGUAACACAGAACUACUCAGUUGCCUUUUUUUCUUAAGGGGAACAAUGGCAGCAAAUUAAGAACACAACUGUGUUCCUCAGCACCAAAAUGGAACUGAGAUGCCUUUCAGAAGACAGCUGUGGAAUAACUUUUGUUUGGUUUCAAAUGACAUCUGUCAUGUAAUAGAAUGGUUUAUGGCCUGUGGAUAUUGCAACUUAAAACUCCCAUUUGCUCUUCAAUUUCAGAUUACAGUGGACAAACCAGAAAGUGACCUUGCGUGUUGUAUUUUUAAAACUUGGAAAACUGAACAUUUAUAUCACAUAUUGCCUACGAGACUUGCAUUACUGUUAAUUUAUCAGUUAAUCAGCUAAUGGUGACCUAGUGGUGGUCUGAAUUGGAUCCUGCAUCGUAUCCUUGAUGGGAAGAAUGUGAUGGUGCCGUACAGCUUCAGCAGACCUGUGUUAAUUAUUUAACUGCUGUAUCUGAAAUAAGUGUAUUUUAUCAAGGGCUAAAAUCAAUGGACUUAAGAUAGAUAGAGUAAGCUUUGAAAGGAGCUUUCUGCUAUGUCAGAAAUAGAAAGUAAAGUGAUUUAACCUUUGGUAUUAAGCAGGUAUCAAAUGAUUCUUGCAUGAUACAGCUUCAGAACUGAAACAUUUUGGUGAUGUUUACCCUAUCUAAUGUAGAUGACACAACAACCUUUAAUGUUUUUCUUUUCAAAUACGUAAAAAUCUUAAGAGCUCAUUACAGUACUGCUAUGGGCACAGCACCUGCACACAGAGGGCUUCCAGGUAGGGAAUAACAGAACUCUGUUUUCAUCCUCUUGUCCCACAGUGUCUGUACAGGCACUGUUUCAGACCCUCACAAGCAAAUGAAUAACAUGUACAAAUACUGCUUGUUGGGGUGGGCAGUCUCAUCUGUGUUAUGACUUUGGGUAUUUGUCUUGAUUGAGCCCUAAGUGUUUAAAUCGGUGCUCUUUGGGAUUUUUCUUUUGUGUUGAUUGUGGCCAUGUUCUUGCAUGUGCCUAUUUUCUGCAUGUAUUUAUGAUCAGCUGAUAUCAGCACAAACAUUUUUUCUCACUGCUUCCUGAAAGACCAAAAAGUGAAUUUUUACAAAGUAAGAAGUGGCUGUGAAUUCAUCAGGUCAGUAUGUUGACAUGGGAUAGAUUUUUUUUUAAAUGUAGGGUUUUGAUACUCCAGACUUGUCUGUUUGCUACAAAAAGGCUUUUUGUGUGUGUGUGAUUGUAGGCAUGUAAUUUUGAACCCUGAAAGAGAGCAGUAAAAUGAGCUUAUAUUGAUGCUUUGCCUUUUUACAGAAUUAGAGAAUUUUCUUUUGUUAGUGGACCAUAGUAAAUUGCAAGGUUGGAAAUUUAAUCUGGAGAUGAUUUGUGGCUUUUAUUCAGCUCCAUUGUGCAAUGUACACUUCAGUUACUUUUCUAUCAGUCUGCAGACACAGGUGCAUCCAAACAUUGAAACUUAUGUGUACUGUAUAGUGUUGUACAUGAAUGUUUUAUAUACCACAUGCAAAAUGUCAAUAUGCACUAUUUAAAUGUUUUAAAUAAUAUAUUCCUCCUUUAUAAUGCUUAAAUCUAUAUGAUUCCAAUAUUUUUAUAAAGUGAGUGAUCCACCUGGUUCACAUUCAGAAUUAUUAACAGCUGCUUUUGUGUGUGUUAUGCAGUGUUUGGCUGUUCAGUAUCAUAGGUAGCAUGGCAUCAGUUAUGCUAAGAGUGUGUGUUGUACCAUUCUUAUUGAGCAAUAAAUGGUAGGUUUAGGCAUUUUGUGAUAUAACAUAGUUUUACUUUGGUAUAAGUAAAAACUAUAUAUGUGGAUAUAUAUAUAUAUAAAUAUAUAUAAAUAAACCAGAUAUAAAUGAUUGCUAUGUCUGGUAUUCACUGUAUAGAUUUUUAUAAUAAAAGCAACUUUUAUUGUCAUAA